AUGUCGCGGGCUGGGACUGAGGAGACUGAGACUGAACCCAGAACCAGCACCAGCAAUGAUUCUCCCGUGGAAAAGCUUGGCGAUAGCCCGGAUUGGCAUCCGAGUACGAUUACCGACCCAGAACUGCGGUUCGAAGACAAGGAAUCCGAAAGCAACUGCAACUUCAACUGCGACUGCGACUGCAGCCAUGCGGCAGAGUUAAAGCGGGAUUCGAAUGGCUUGCCCCUCGUUCCUCAACCCAGUCAAUUCAAGGAUGAUCCACUGGUCAGUGUUAUCAAGCUUAUCAACCGUCAAUCAUCAAGACAAUACAAUCCCGUCAACCGCAUCAAUUGGCCAACAUGGUUGAAAUGGACGGUAUUGAUCCAAGUCGGCUUCAUGGCCUUUCUAGGCAUCUACACCUCAGCCCUGAUCAACCCCAGUCUCGUCCUCCUAUCCAAAGCCAUGGAGGUUGACUCUAAAACUGCCGCAUACUCUACUACAACUGCUAUUAUCCUUGGAGGAGUCUCUCCCUUUAUCCUAACCCCUAUUGCCAACGUCUACGGCCGUCGCCCAACUACUUUAUUCGCCAUAUCCAUCACCAUGUUGGGAGGCGUCGGCUCGGCCGUGUCGCCCAAUUUCUCGGCGCUGUUGGGAACCAGGGCCAUGGCGGGGUUUGGAAUGGGGGGGAUGAUGAGUGUGGGGACGGCGUGUGUCAACGACAUGUUCUUUUUGCAUGAGAGAGGGGAGAAGAUGGGAGUUUAUUCCAUUUUUGUCACGAAUGGAGCGCAUGUUGCUGCAUUGAUUGGUGGGUUCCUAGGCCAAGCAGCAGGUUGGCAAUGGGACUACGGCCUCGGCGCCCUCUCCUGCGCUCUCUCCCUCAUCCUCGCUAUCUUCCUGUUCCCAGAAACCCUUUUUCCCCGCGACGCCUCCUACCUGGCUUCCCGUACCCACACGCGCACCUACACGCAGCUACUCUUCGACUUCCGCGGCAACGUCCUCCCAACGCGCUCCCUACACGCCCCAGACUUCCUCCAAACCUUCCGCAUGCUAAAAUACCCUUCCAUCCUAUUCCCCUUCUGGUACUACACCACGGCCUGGACCUUCUGCAACGUCCUCCCCGCCAUCACCCUAGCCACCAUCUACACAUCCGAGUACCAUCUCAAGCCCGGCCCUAUCGGUGCCUGUCUCGGAAUAUCACUUACCAUCGGCUCGCUGCUGGGAGAGUUCUUCGCGGGCCGCGCUAGCGACGUCCUUAUAUUCCGCCUCGCGUUAAGGAAUGGGGGUGUGCGAAAGCCGGAGUACAGACUUUACCUAUGCACGCUCUCGGUGUUCUUCAUGCCGGCCGGGUUACUUAUUUUCGGUGCAACGGUGGGGAAAACAUAUUAUAUACCUCCUCUUGUCGGACUUGCUAUUUCAGUAUUCGGCCUCCAAAUAACAACCACAACCCUUUACACCUACACCACCGACGCGUACCCCACCCUCGCCCCCUCAUCCGGUACGCUCUUCAACGCGUCCCGCGGUCUAUCCUUCAUCGUCGGCUUUUUCGCCCUACCGUACGCCGCAAACAUCGGGUAUCUAGGGGCGUGGGGCACGUUUGCCGCUGUGGUGGCUGUCAGUUGGGUGCCGGUUGGUGGGUUGAUGGUUUGGGGGGAGAGGUGGAGGAGGAGGUGGGGAUAG